GGCGCGCGGGGCCGGCCGGGGCUGCGCAGGAGCCGGGCGGCAGCGAGGGAGCGGCCUGAGCGCUGCGCAGCUCCCGCCUCCCCGGCUCUCCUCGCUCUCUCUCCUCCCGUGCCUGUGGCACUUCAUAUUUCAUUAUGGAUCGCUUUGAAGACAUAUCAGAUGGUGAAGUGGAUCAUGCCUUCUUUGACAGUGACUUUGAGGAAGAGAAAAAGAAAGCUGAAGAAAAUGGUGAAUAUAUAGAGAAAGGAAGUACAAAGGCAGCUAUUGCAGACACUGAUCUGGUUUCUAAUGCAAAGGAUGAAAAAUGUUGUGAGGAGAAAAGUGAAGAAAAGCAGAUAGAUUUGCAAAGGGAUCAGUCCCUAGAAAACAGCAAAGAUCCUAUUGAAGAUGCUUCCUCUUUGACUGGAGAUGUUUCUCCAGUUGCAGAGAAUGCAGGUACAUCUGGAGUAACACCUGCAGCAAGUAGAGGAACAGAGGAGAUUGUUCCUGCUGGAAUUCCUAAAAUAGUUAAAGAAGGUGAAGAAGAUUACUAUACAGAUGAAGAAGAUAGUAGUGAUGAUGACAAAAAACAGGUUAGACCAAAGUCAGCUAAGCAACCAAACAACAUAAAAAAGGCUAGCAAAAAAUAUACUAUCAGCUCCUCCUCUUCUUCUUCUUCCUCCUCAUCCUCCUCAUCAUCAUCCUCAAGCUCAGAUACAGAUGGUUCUGACACAGAUUCUGAUAGCUGUUUAUCAGAUUUAUCUCAUUCUUCCCCAAAAAGGAAUGCUUGUAGAAAUGCUCUUCUGUCUCCAAAACAAAAAUUCAAGUCAACAAUGAAAUUAGCAGAAGGAAAAGCAAAGCUUGGUGAUGACAUGGAGGAGUCUGAAGACACAGUGACUGACGUAACACCUCUGUCAACUCCAGACAUCAGUCCUAUCCAGUCUUUUGAAUUUGUAGCAUCAAAUGAUAAGAAACUAAAAGUAAAGAGACAGGAAAAUGUGAACCAAGAAUUAUAUGAUUCCGAGUUUGAUCGCAGAUAUAGUCGAAAAGUAUUGCAUGAUGCCAUGGACCUGAAUCAGCUUCUGAAAGCUUUCUUACAGUUGGAUAAAAAAGAACAAAAACUAACCAUCGACCAGCCAUCUAAAGGAAUAAGGAAAAAUUACUCUUUCACAAAUGAAGAAGUAAGGCAGAUUGAUCGGGAAAACCAGAGGUUGCUAAAAGAAUUGUCCAGACAGUCUGCAAGGCCAAGGAGAAGCAGCACGUUGAAGGUGUCUGUACCACCGCCUAGAUUGUACCACAGUGCCCUCAACAGGCAAAAAGAGCAGCAAAGAAUUGAAAGAGAAAACCUGGCUUUCCUGAAAAGACUGGAAGCAGUGAAACCAACAGCUGGCAUGAAGCGCUCUGAACAACUGAGGGACUAUCACCGCCAGAUGAGCUACCUGAGUACUUCACCUUCUCUAAGAAGGGCUAGAUCUCCUUUCAGCCAGCUUAGUCCUCCAAGAGGAACUUCAAGAUCAUCCACUGUACAAAGUGCAUUGAGCCACAGGAACGAAAAGCCAAUGUCUGAUUCAGCCAGUGGGGCAUUACAGAGACCUAAAUCUACUAAUGUUUGUGCUGCUUGGUUAUAAGUGUGUUCUUUGCCUCCUGUACUGAGAUGAUACUGAAACUAGUAUUUUUAGUGUUUUUGUAAAUUCUAUGUGCAAAAAUAUUUUCUGCAUUGUUCAGUGAUUAAAAUGCAUUGCAUUUUAGAGUAAUUUAAAAGUAAUUGCUUAUAAAAUGGUCUUAAAAUGGUAUAAAACACUUCUGUCAGUGUUUUCCAUGACAGGAAGAACUUCUGAAAGAGAAGGAGUAUUUAAAUGGACACGUUAAAUAGAAAUUUAAAUAUUAGUCUCAGAUCAUAAGUGGAAUUUGUAUCCAUAACAUGGAAGGACAGAAUUGCUGUACUAGAGGAGCAAAAUGUAAAUACAAUUUUAAAAAUAUUAUUAAUACUUUAAAAUAAUGCAUUACACUUAUAAGCAUAUGCUUAAUUCCUGGAUUGUCCUUGCUUGACAUCCUGGCUUUAUGUAGCAGCCUUCUGAAUUUUGUGGGUCAUGUUCUUGUGACUGAAAGAAUCUUUAACAGCAGUGUGAAGAGGUGAAAAGCAGAUUGUGUAUUCCUCCAUGGUGAACUAGAAUACUGAGCUGCAGAAGCCGAUGUUUUGUCACUGUUAAAUGUUCAGCACCUGGAGUGUGUUUUAUUUGAAGGCUGCAUCACUUAGGUCAGAAGGAUUUUGGAAGUUGUACUGGACUUUGGAAGAUAUACUGGGAUCUUUGUGUAGGAAAGAAACAUCUGAUAUUAUCUGAACAACAAUAAAGACUGAAGUAAAAAGCAGUUUCAGAUUUAGUGUACACAAGUAAGUUCUGGUUACUUCUCAAACUAGAGAAUACUGUUAAGUA